AUGGAGAUGUACUUUGAAGGCGUUAACAUCGUCGAUAAGGCCACAAAGGUACGAAUUGCCAUUCUCUACCUUAGUGACAUUGUGACAUUAUGGUGGCGCCGCAAGCACAAUGAUAUAGAAAGUGGGAUGUGGAAGAUUGAUGAGCUCAAGUGGAGGUUGACCGAAGCACCAAUAUUGGCUAUACCUGAAGGGUCUGAGGGAUAUGAGGUGUACACCGAUGCCUCGGGAAUAGGGUUGGGGUGUGUGCUGAUGCAGAAUGGUAAGGUGAUUGCAUAUGGAUCUAGACAACUGCGCCCCCAUGAGAAGAAUUACCCGAUACAUGACAUGGAAUUGGCAACUGUGUACCGCCCAGGACGAGCAAAUGUGGUAACAGAUGCACUAAGUCGGAAAGGCAUUGUGUCAAGGAUGCGAUUACAAGUUGAUCCUUGGGAUAAGAUUAAACUGGCUACAGCUCAUGAGGGCAAUCUAGAACAAUGGAUAGAUGAGAAUGGGCUACCCAAGCAGCCGGAAUUUAAAUACCGUAAUGGAAUACUCCGAAUGAAUGGGCAGAGAGAUGUGGCAGAGUUCGUAAGAGCAUGUGACACCUGUCAACGGAUAAAAGCCAAACAUCAAAAACCAUCAAGAAGCUUGCAACCUUUGGAGAUUCCGGAAUGGAAAUUGGAGCAUGUAACAACCGAUUUCAUUAUGGGUUUACCCCGGACCUUGAGGAAGGCUGAUGCUAUAUGGGUUGUGGUGGACCGACUAACAAAGUUGGCAUAUUUCUUACCUAUAAGGAGCACUAUAGGUGCUGAGCAACUUGCCCAACUCUUUAUCCAAGAAAUUGUUCACUUGCACGAAGUUCCUGUGAGCAUUGUAUCGGAUAGAGAUAGUCGAUUCAUGUCCAACUUUUGGAAAGCUGUACAAGAAGAACUUGGGACCUAG